AUGAGUUCGUGGAAUUAUGGAGGAUCUUCUUCGUCUAAUCCAAUCGAAGACGAACCUGUCAUUCCAGACAUUGUCGAAGAGUUUACUUCCGAUGAUUUUUAUGAAGACAAUGCAGACGAUCAAGAAAUUGUUCUGGUUCCUACUAUGGAUUACAAUCCGUAUGGGGAAUUCGAUUCAAAAGAGGCAACGGUGUCUGCCAUCAAACAUUAUCACAUCACCAAUGGAUACAACUUCAAUGUGGUAGAAUCAAAACCGCAUAUUUAUGUUGCGCGAUGCAUCCAUUACAACAAUGGAUGUCAAUGGCGUCUGAGGGCUAGAUGGUUACUAGCUGCCCAACAAACCAAUCCUGGGACAACUUUUCAACUUUCCGGUCCUCCAGUUAAUGUUGAUGCUGAGGAUGAGACAUCCACAUACAUUAUGGAACGUUGCUUUUGGGCAUUUGGACCAUGCAUUGAAGAUUUUAAGUAUUGUAAACUUGUUGUUCAAGUGGAUGGAACCUUUUUAACAGGCAAAUAUCAUGCCACCUUGCUAACUACAAUUGCUCAGGAUGGAAAUAGAAACAUAUUUCCUUUGGCAUUUGCAAUAGUAGAAGAGGCAAGGGAAUUUUGUCAGCCUUACGAUCGGAAGAAGUUGACUGGGAAUCAGACAAUUUUCACUCUGUCUACUACAUACGUUAAUGUUGAUGCUGAGGAUGAGACAUCCACAUACAUUAUGGAACGUUGCUUUUGGGCAUUUGGACCAUGCAUUGAAGGUUUUAAGUAUUGUAAACCUGUUGUUCAAGUGGAUGGAACCUUUUUAACAGGCAAAUAUCAUGCCACCUUGCUAACUACAAUUGCUCAGGAUGGAAAUAGAAACAUAUUUCCUUUGGCAUUUGCAAUAGUAGAAGCUUACGAAGUCAAACAACCUACCGUGCAAGCAAAACUUUCAGCUAUGAGGUCCCAAUUCCCAUAA